GCCAGGAAACCCAUGUACUUAGUACCAAAACAAAGCUGACGGUUUUUGUGUUGUUUUCCUGCCUUGACUUGGCUUGCCAAAGUCCAUUUCUUCGGAGAAAAGCUCCUUCAGCGAGGGCUACCAACAAUGCCAUUUUUAAUCACCAGGGUGACGAGGCUUGGCAGUUGUUUUUACUCCAUGACAGCUGAGUGCGGGGCCAGGCUAAAUUUGGAGGAGCCCAGUUAUAUUAACCGUAGCUUCAGAUCUCACUGCCUUAAAGCUCGGUGUCCUCACUACACUGCCGAACUUCAAGCCGUUUGUGAGCAGAAUGGACCCUCAAGGCUUGAAGGAAGACCUCCGCCUCUUUCAGAGCACUUUGCUUCAGGAUGGACUCAAAGAGCUCCUGAAUGAGAACAAGUUGGUGGACUGCAUCCUUAAAGUGGGUGACAGGAGCAUCCCUUGCCAUCGGCUCAUUCUGGCCGCCUGCAGCCCCUACUUCCGGGAGAUUUACUUCUCAGAGGACGGCAGGGAAAUGGACAAAAAGGAAGUGGUUUUGGAGAACCUGGAGCCCGGCGUUAUGGAGGCGAUUGUAAACUACAUGUACUCGGCAGAGAUCGACAUCAAUGACGACAACGUGCAGGACAUCAUGGCGGUGGCCGGUCGCUUCCAGAUCCCCUCGGUGUUCACCGUGUGUGUGAACUAUCUCCAGAAGAAGCUGACCAUGAAGAACUGCCUGGCCGUCUACAGGCUGGGGCUGAUGCUCAACUGCCCCAGACUGGCCAUAGCGGCUCGAGACUACAUCGCCGAUCGCUUUGUGACUGUCGCUAAGGACGAGGAUUUCCUAGAUCUGGCCUCUCAUGAACUCUUCGCUCUUAUCGGAGCCGACGCACUGAAUGUGGAGAAGGAGGAGGUGGUGUUUGAGAGCCUGAUGAGGUGGAUCAGGAAAGACAAGGAGAAUCGCAUGAAGUCUUUGGAAGAGGCGUUCGACUGCGUCCGCUUCCGUCUGCUCCCGGAGAAAUACUUCAAGGAAAAGGUGGAGAAGGACGACAUCAUCAAGAGUAACGCGGAAAUUGUCAAAAAGAUCAAAGUCAUCAGGGAAGCGCUUGCGGGGAAGUUGCCCGAGAAGGAAAAGGGAGAUGGAAGCGAGGAGGUGAAGUUGCCCGGAUACUUGAACGAUACCCGCAGAUACGGCAUGCACACCAAAGACGUGGUGCUGAUGCUCAACGACAACGCGGCCGUGGCCUACGACGGCCAGGAGAACGAGUGCUUUUUGGCUGCCAUGGCCGAUCAAAUUCCUCGAAACCACGUCAGUCUGGUGUCGAAGAAGAACAACCUCUACGUGCUCGGAGGACUUUUUGUGGAUGAGGAGGACAAAGACCACCCGCUACAGUGCUACUUCUACCAGCUGGACAGUCUGGCUGCUAGCUGGACUGCGUUGCCCCCCAUGCCCUCCCCCAGGUGUUUGUGCGCCCUGGGCGAGUUUGACAAUCUCAUCUUUGCUGUGGCGGGAAAAGACUUGGAGACCAACGAUUCUCACGACACUGUGAUGUGUUACGACGCCGAUAAAAUGAAGUGGAGCGAAAGUAAGAAGUUGCCCCUCAGCGUCCACGGACACUGCGUGGUCUCGGAGAACGGACUGGUGUAUUGCAUCGGUGGGAAAACAGACGAUAAUAAAGCCAUCAACAAGAUGUUCGCGUACAACCACAAGAGAGCAGAGUGGAAAGAGGUGGCCUCCAUGAAGACUCCUCGCUCCAUGUUUGGGGCGACUCUCCACAAGGGGAGGAUCAUUGUGGCUGGAGGAGUUCAUGAAGGAGGCCUGACUGCUGACUGCGAAGCAUAUGACUUUGCAACCAACAAGUGGUCAGCGUUCACAGAGUUUCCCCAGGAGAGAAGUUCAAUCAACCUGGUCAGCUGCGGCGGACUACUUUAUGCCAUCGGAGGCUUCGCCAUGGUGGAAAACGAGAACAAGGAGUGCACGCCUGUGGAAGUGGUUGACAUUUGGCAGUAUGAAGAGGACAAGAAAGAGUGGGCGGGGAUGAUCAGGGAGAUGCGCUACGCAGCCGGAGCGUCCUGUGCAGCGAUGCGCCUCAACGUGGCCAGGAUGCCAAAACUUUGAACCCCGCCCAACUUUGUCCUUUAUGAAGAUAAAUGCAUGUUGAUGAGUCAGUUAGCAUGCAGCAGUACAAUAUCACACUUAUUGUGUUUUUAGUCUGCUUAAUAUUUCCUUUUCAGUGUAGGAGUGCAUCCAAAAAGCUGUCCAUUUGUAUUAAAUAUAGUAAUGUCAUGGAAUAUACUAGAUUCCCUCACGUGUCACAUUCAAAUAUUAAAAUAUUAUUCCCA